AUGGGUGAGAUCGGUACAGAUCUGCUCCUGAAGAGGGUGAGUGAACAAGCCCGCGAACAGAGAAUGGUACGCGACGCAGCACUGGAGAACAAAUUCCGAAAGAUGCCCAAUCCAAUGUCUCCCAGAAAAGACAAGCUGGUGCACAAUCUGUUGUCAAAGGAGCUGAUGAAGGAUCAGAUGCAGGUUUUACGGCACGAAGCUUCAUUUAACACGGCUGACGCCAAACCUGUUAACAUGAUUGCAGCAGUGGAAUCAAUCCUCAGUCAGACGGAGGCAACGGAGGAGACCAAGAGCCUCAUUCGACACCAAGUGUCGUCUCUCCUAAUGGCCCACAGGCCGCGGGAAGUGCUUUCCAAGGUCGAACGUGAUGCGCUUAGAGAACUCAAGACGGACAAAGACUUGGUCAUCGUGCCAGCGGACAAGGAACGCUCCACGAUUGGGCUAGACAGGACAGACCAUCUUCAAAAAGCCAAAGGUUUACUGCAGGACCGACAGUUCCAUGUCCCAUGUGCAACGAACCCUGUAAAAGCGCUGACACGCGAAAUUAAUGCUACGUUGUUGGCCUUGGAGAACUCAGGUGCAGUAACACCGACCGACGGACGCAUGGCGAGACCCCAGGAUACGGCUUUGGCCCGAUUCUAUGGCCUCCCUAAGGUGCACAAAGACGGCGCUCCUCUCCGACCCAUCGUGUCGCUCAAAAGGACUCCAACGUACGGACUGGUUAAGUGGCUGUUCCGGUGUCUCAAGUUUCUGACUGCUGAGUCAGACACCACGGUCUCUUCGUCAGCACAAUUCCUGGAGGAACUCAAAGGGGUAAGCCUCCAUCCAAAUGAGGUCAUGGUAUCUAUUGAUAUUACAUCUGUUUUUACUUCUGUUCCCCAGGACCUGGCGAACGAGACAAUCGAGCUGCUUCUAAAAAGCAAAUACGAUGAAACGGAUAAUCGCCUUGGACACACCCAAGUCCUUCAGCUCCUGAAGCUCUGGCUCAGGACGUACUUGACGUUCGACGGGACAAUCUGCGAGCAGGUGAAGGUCACACCACUGGGUUCGCCGAUUUCCGGAUUCAUCGCCGAGGCCGUCCUACAACGGUAA